AUGGCGCAAGGAACAGUCAAACUCAGAAAAUCCACCGCCUCCACCGGCCGGAGACCGUCUGCACUGGGACCUAAAAAGGGAGCCCGGACAAUCGCACCGAAGAGACAGGUUCUCGUGAGGAAUGCUAAGAUGACUAAGAAACACUCCUCGGGUCUAAUAUCGAUGACGGAACGUACGCUCGGUUCGAAAGCGGGACAUUUGGAGUUGUUGAAAGGUGGGAAGAAAAAUAAGGAUAAGAAGGAGGCGGAGGAGAAGAAGGGCGGGAGUAAGAAGUUUGGUUGA